AUGUACAGGGAGAAGGAUGGCUUUGAACUUUUGCCUGACACUUUGGAGCCACGUUUCCAGAUAAUUACUGACCAUGAGCAUGGCCGUACCAGCCUUUCUGUUCACACUCUGCACAUCUCAGAUUCCGGAAUGUAUACCUGUAUCGCGCACAAUAGAUACGGCCGUGAUCGCAGUAUUGGAUUCGUCCAUGUUGAGUCACAACCUGGAGGAUUGGGCCGAACUGGCUCCAGCCUCGGUCUGCGCAGUGCUGGCGGUGUCGGUGCCAGCGGAUUCAGUUCAGAAUUAUCUGGUCUCAGUUUUGCAGCCUCUACCAAUUCGAUGUCGGUCUCUAGUAGUAGCCACCCAGCAGCCCAAUUACGGCGAGGCGUUGGCCGUGGUCGAUCGCUGCCUCCAACGCCUCCCCUGGCUCCUUCGAUGACGGCUUUGACAGGCCGGGGAGAGCUGCCAAGUCUGGCGGAGCAGCGAAGCCCAUCGCCACAUAACACUUUGCUGAAUGGAUAUCGAGCAGACACGCCUGAAAAAACUGGGUUUUUGAAUGUGGUGGAGACCGUAGCAAAAGUUGUGGAGGUGACUGAGGGCGAGGCACUCACACUUACCUGUCUAGUAAACACAAACAUUCAUUAUAUACAAGGCCUAAGUGCACCAUUAUGUGACCCAUCCAUCUGUGUUGAUGCCUGUCAUGUGAUAGAUAUCGCCACAAGCUAUCCGCUCCAUAAGGAAACUUUAGCAAACGAUGAGCCUAUUAGUAGAUCUGAAGAUAUGACAGAUCAGGACUCUCCUAUGGUUCCCACUGAGGCCAACGUACGCAUUCUUUCAACCCAACUUCGCAGUUCUAAUGAGUGGUCAAUCGACGUGAAGUCAUUAAGCAACGAUUCGAAAACCUGA